CCUACCUGGACAAGUACCAUAGAAAACGGAUGAAAGCGCUAAAUGUGGAUUCGAGAAAAAGAGGCAAAGUAGGCGUUUUUUGUUUUACGCAACAACGCAUUAGUCCUGCAACUCGUCACACUUGCUUUGAUCUCGGAAUCCUAGAUAUACUCAGUACCCAAGAGCUCAUCCUUUGCCGGAGGGACUCUUACGGCCUGUAAUGACAUGGAACUGAAAUAUAGGGUUAAGGUCUUCCUCCAGAGGCAUAGAACUUUCCGGCACUUCCUUUUCUGGACAACUUCCCCACUCUGGUAUCCGAUCUGCGUCAUCCUAUGGGGUUCGAUUAAAGGCCUUUGGAAAUGGGUGCUGAAGAAAUACGAUGAGAAAUUUGUACAACCACCAAGGGAUCUCUUGAAGCCGAAAGAGGUUCUAGAAAGGGGCUACAGAAGGAAACUGCGCGACGGCGUGAAGCCAUUAAAAUUGAACAGGCGUAGGGCCUUGACGUUAGUGUCGGGCGAGCCGGAGACUAAAUCGAGUACAUCGGGUUGUAGCUCUACUCCCAUGGAAGGACAGCAAGAAAAAAAGUGGAACAAAAAGCCCGAUGCUCUACUUCGCACGGAGAAGGCGUUGCCUCAAUCAACCAUUGAUCAGCUUGGAACUUGUGAAUUCUACAAGCUGCCUUUCGAAAUUCGAGAACUGAUCUGGAAAUACGCAGUUGGUGGCCACUUCAUCCAUAUUACAAGGAAGAAGGGAAGAUUGAGCAAUGUCUACUGCCCAGCCAAGGACCCAACAAAUCCCGAUCGCCGGGAUAUAUGUCUCCUGUCAAGGGAUCACCAUGGAUUCUAUGUGCCUACUAGGUGGCCUCGAGACAUGCGACCGUUGGCACUGAUAAUGACGUGUCGUCAAAUCUAUUCCGAGGCCAUCAACUUUCUGUACUCUCUGAACACUUUCUCUUUUGACGAGGUCGAUGUAGUAAUCGCAUUUUUCGCCACUCUUCUGCCCCAUCGGAAGAAUCUAACAACAUCCUUCCAUUUUACUUGCAACUUCACUCAGGUUGGCCCAAUACGGAACGUAUAUUUUGAACCUCGGAAUGACCGAGCCGGGAAUUGGCGAAGAGCCUGUGAUUUUCUCAAAAAACUACCAUUUCUACACUCCCUCACGAUUAGUCCGUCCUUCUUAUGCAUGAUCCAGUCCAGUGUACCCACUUCUAAGCUCCAAGACUACUUCGACAUGCUAGGUGAGGUUCGAGUACACAGCCCUAUACGGUUUGUUCUUCCUUGGGCCGAAACCCUCGAUGCUUGGCUGCAUCCACCUCGAGUCGCCGGAAAUAGGGCACUUUCUCCAACCGACCGCUUUAAAUUUAUGUGGCCAACACCAACCGAUAAUGCAGAGUGGCUGGGAUUCUUUGUCCCUUUCCAUGUGCAAUGCCUGCACUGUAAUUCCUACACAAUCAUUCGCAAAGCCACUCGAGGAAUUGCCCAAGUCAUACUUACAAGAGAAGGGCCAUACCUUACCCCAGUACAAUUUCCUAGACAACCGCCACUGAGCAAUCCCAAACUAUCGCGCUAUUGGACUUUUCACUCCUAUUGCAGAGGUUGGAUGGAAUUCCAGUAUGACUGGGUAGAAGAGAAAUGGAGUGUCACUCAAGGGGCCAGAAGGAUUACGGAUGAAGAAGCGGAGUUGCACCUGGCGGAAGAACGAAACCGUUACCCAGAGCUUAAACAACCUCAUGAGCGACUACAAGGGCUGUCCGUCAGGCCGCAUCCAUUGGAAAGAACGACUCAUUCUUAUAAUGACAAACACAUCGAUAUUCCGACGAAGCAGGCAUACUACAGGAAUGUAGGAUGGACAAAGAAUUGAGGCUGAUACUAUGAAUGCCUCUUUCAUUCUAUUGAAACCACAUAUUUUCCACUGGUGCGAUCUACGUUGCACCUGGGCUGCCUACCCAGUACAAGGCUUCGGCCCCGAAGAAGGCCUACCAAUCAAUGGGGUGGAUAUUGUUGGGAUCAGUGAACGUUGGCCGUCCAAGCGUACCGUGCGGAUCAGGAUAGAGGCUCCAGACAAGAGUUACCUCACUACCUGUUCCAGAU